AUGGCGUUUGUGCCACCUUCAACAACGCCAAGCGCUUACAUUUUGGAGCCAGGUUUUUUUAAUUCCCAAUCAUUUUUUUUGGUUACAUUAAUUCGUUAGAUAUAUGAUAUUUUCUUAUUUCUUAGUUCGUAAAUGAAGUCUAUUUGAAUCUUUUCAAGCACUAUUAAAGUGAUCGAAAUACGAACAGCAGUUGCAUAAACUUCAAAAACUUUAUCACAGUAUUCUACUAAAAAAACUAUAAAAUGAACGUUUAAGACAGCGACUCGACACUUCUCGAUCUUGAUGGAGUUUAUGUUCUGUUGAAUGGAACUUCGACGUCUUCAUUGGGGUUUUUGGCUUUUGUGCGACCCAUCGACGCUGCAAUCGUCUCGGCUCCUACUAAGUCCUACCUAAGCUCCAUUUCGACUCUCACUGAACAGGUUCUUUUUCCGUUUUCGGUUGCUCUGCAAAAGUCAGUGAAAUCGCCACCGAAGCUGUAGUUUGUACUGGCUCAAGCCAAAAAAGGAGUAUUUUGAGCCGAGUUCUCGGUUGGCACGCUGGUGCUUUUUUUCAGUUUUUAACGUCUUUUUGACUGAUUUCUUCUAAUGAUGUACUCACAUAUUUACUCCCUUUUUUACCUAUAUUUUGCAUUUACACUGAUUUUUUAGAAAGGUAAAAACAAAUAGUUAGCUUAAGGGUGAGGAAAAAAACUCAAACUACCUUAUUUUGGCAGUUUAAAAAGUUAGCGCUCAUAUGAUGAAAUCAACUGGAUUUUCAACAGGCGACUCCAGUGCCAGUCGUCAUGAACUGGUCGUCAGUCAAAGGAGAGCCGAAAACCGAAGCUUCUCGACUUCUGAAGUCGAUCCACAACUCCGUGUCGAAAAUCUCAACACCUGUUUCGAGCGUCUUGCACCCAAAGUUGGAGCCGAUUCUUUUGUUCAAGGUAUCAAACUUUUUUGAAUAAUAAAAAUGAGUGAUCUUUUCUAAAAAGGCUCCGAUUUUACUUUCGAUUAAUUAUUUUUUCUCAGUUUUCCUGAAUUUUGAUCAUCAGGUAUCGAUUUCAGUCACUGCGUCAAGGCGAGCUCUUCUUGUACGUGUUGGCCGGAGACGCGAAAGAUGCCGAGGCUCUUGGAAAGGCCGUCUUGGGAGACGAAAAUGCUCUGGAGAAGGUCAGUUCCAUGGAACUGCUUUUGAGUUUUCUGAUUCUUCUUUCAACAGUAACCUCGGUAGUUCUUCUAUUUGUAGGCUUCUGCUUCGCAUGGUACGGUAGCCGUGGUUCUUUGGAGGCCGGCUGCUCAAAAUCAAGCUGUCAAACGUGUCUUGUUCACAGGUUUUCUUUAAAACCUUUUAAUUAAUACCUUCUUCCGAAAAAAUUCGGAAACAAAAGUUAUUCCGUUUUUGUAACAAAGUUUUCACAGUCUUUCGAUUACUUUCGAUUUUUUUUCCUCUGGAUUACGAAAAAUUCAGGAAAUGCUACGUUCUCUCGUGUGCACCAGGCACUAGAAAGAGCUUCGAAAGCUCUUCCAUUUUUGAACGUGUCCCAUGUGACGACGGCGAACGUCUUCUCAACACACCCCACGCCAAAAGUCACUCAACAACCAAAAGCAGCUAGGCCAACGGCCGCUUCGAAAGUUUUGCCGCGCACUUCGACUACCGCAACCAAGCCUACGCUCAAAAGUGCGGCAACCAACGGCUCUGCUGCCAAUGGCGGCCCCAAGGUUAGAUUUUCCCGUUAGUCCCGGGCUGAGGAAGAUUUCAGCCCGCGCGUAACGGAGCGCCAUCCGUACCAUCUAAUCGCCCUGCGGCUGCAUCUCGCCCUCCUUCAAAGACCGUUGUUUCAUCAAAACCAGCUCUUUCCUCUAAUAGGUUCAACAAAAGUUCGUUCCUUCAUUAUCGCGUGAUUCAGAGCCUCGACAGUGGCUACGGCUGGCCCUCGAGCUGGGACGGCGCCCGCCAAUCGGACAGCCGUCGCCAAGAAGACAGUGGAAGCUCCGGCGCAAAAACAAAACGUGUACGGCUCAAGAAAUACUUUACUUAGAAUUUUCAUUUAUUAUUGAAUUUUUGGCUCAUGCUCUCUCAAAAUAUCCCGACGGCUACUCAGCUCUUAUCGAGUCAAAAAAACUAUUUCUUGUUUAUCAUCUUUGCGACUUCAAGACAAAACUCUUAAAAAAAAUUUAAAAAACCAGAGCUGAAAAAGUUGAAAUUUUCAGCCAUCCUGUGCAAGGGUCGGCGGUUUCUCGACCGACCAAGAUGACCUCGAAAGUUUCAACCGUUCCUACGAAGAAAGGAGAGCUUGAGAACUCACACAAAGAAAAGUCAGUCAAGCCGACGGCACCUGCUCCCAAAGCUCCACAAAAUGUAAGUUGCGACUUUAAAGAAACGAUUUCUCUUUGAGAUUCAAACCAAUGUAAUUCGGUAUGCUUAUAUAUAUAUAUAUGUUUGUUUGACGCUCGUAUGCAUUUUAGUUCAUAUAGUGGCUUCUGUAUUGGAAAGCUUAUGUGAAAGGUUUAAUCGUGCGUUCUCAGAAUGAAAUAUUGAGAUAAGUUGGUAUCGGCCUCAAUUCAUUGAACUGUAGCUAACUGUGAUUUUCAUGUUCUGCAUCGUUAGUAGGCGUGAGGAAAACGAUUUGUAACCUGAAAUGAGGCUAUAUACGAAACUUUUAAGUUAAAAAAGCUUGACCGACGCAUGUUUGCCCUGUGUAGUGAAAUGAGAUUUUCGAAAUGAAGGGGUCCGCCAACGAGGCUCUGAACGUACCGUCCUACGACAUUUUCGUCACCCCGCCAACGCCGGAGCCGCCAAAAACCGAUGAAAACGCCGAACCAUCUCCGAAGCCUCAGCAAACGUCUGAUUCGUCGUCUGAAGGACAAACUGUAAGUUUUUUCCGUCGUCAAAUAGCGCAGUUAUGUGCCUGCUUGCUAGAGCUUUUUGAGUCGGUGGUGAUUUUCGCGAUUGGAGUUCUCGUUUAUUACUUUUUGUCAAGUUGCUCUGCUUCAUAUAUAGCUGAUUCACGGCUGGCUUAAGCCAUCGAAAAAAGGGUCCUGACACGAUAAUGCACGAGAUAGCUCCUGGCUCGUGGAGUACGCAGACAGGACCAUUAGCGUCUCAAGCUGGCCGUGAAUCAGCUAUGGUCUGAAAGUGGUAGUUCAAUCAGCUGAAGCGACAGAAAAUUUAGGUAGAGCGACAGGAGGUUAUCAAUUCUGAUCCCAUUAUGACUGCAUCUCUCAUAAGACGUUUAAAUUUUCGGUCUUAAAGAAGAUUUGAAAAGGAAGUAUGAAAAAAAGCGAGACGCAUAAAUAAAAGAAGGCCAUUUAGCGCCAGCUUGUCACGAUUUUGGUUUCCCUCCGAGCUAGAUAAUCAUUCGGUUUGAAGCGCGCGAGAUGUUUCUUUACCUGCGUCUUUUAUUUGGCCUAAAAUUUCGUUAUAUUAAAGGCGCAGGCAGAGAUAAAUAUCCCGCGCAUCGAAGAGAAGGGUUCUGUAGCUCAGAAGAAAACGAAAAUUGUGACAAGCUGGCGCGGAAUGGGCUAUAGAGUUUUAAGCUGUCAACCAACCCCUCUUGUCGAACCAAAGGAUUAUUAUAUAGAUGAAAAAUUCUCAUACAGUAUAAAUCGAGCUGGAUUGAAAUUAUUUUCUCGAGGGGAUAUUGUUGCUUUUGACAGAAGAGCGGAGAGAAACACGAAGAAGAUGCUCCUGCGGCGACUCUCCCCCGAAAAGAGUCGCCUCCUCAGCAACACGAAAAAGAAGAAGGUCAUCCGAAGGCAGAGGAAGUUUCUCGACCGGACGUCGCCUCUCACGACGACAAGGAAACUUCUCCGCCUCAUCCGGCCUCUGACGAUGCGCCGUCAGCAAAACCAGAUGAGAAUCCUGAGAAAAAGCCGGUCGCCGAUGGUUUUGAGGUUCCUGGUUAUCCAUCGUUACCACCUUUCGAAUCAUGAUUUUUUGAAAAUAAAUUUGAGAAAAUUUGCAAUUCUUGAUACCACUUAUGUUCUCAAAUGCUUUCAGAAGCCGCUCGAGCCGGAAAAGCCAAAUGAAGAUGGUUUGUUGCGUGACUGUGGUGAGGAGCCUCCGCGCCUCCGAAAAAUUAGGUUUGUAACUAUCCCGCACCUGAAAGUGUGUACAUGACGAAAAAAAAGCUGUUGCAUCAUUGAGAGUUACGUUUUCCGGAAAAUUUGAAAACUUUUUAUAAUAAGGUGAGAAAACUUUAGUAGCUUGCCUUUCUAUGGCAAUCCAUCCGAUGAACCGUUUUUCGCAGUUUUUUUUUCGUUAUAAACUCGAAAAGUAUGUCCUUUAUGCAUGUUUUCCCUCGAAGGCUUUUCAUAAUUUUUGUCUUCUCACUUUUUUCUUACGCCCAGUUCAUGAAAAAAAAAAUUCUCGGAGGCAUUGAAAAAAUUCAGUUCGAGCGUCAUCCUUUUUUUAGUUUUCAAAAACAUUUUUCAGCAUGGACACAGAAAAAGAGCAACAAGAAGUAUCCGUUGACGAAACUUCAUCUGUCAACACGUCGCUGAUUGAGCGCUUCGAUAAAAUGAACAUGAAGGUACCCGUCUUCCUCUUCUUCAAUAAUCCAGAAGCGAGCAGGAAGAAACACAUCCGUCAAACGAUGAACAUCCCGUCGCAGAUGCGGAGGACGCUUCUCAGAGGAUCAGCGAGAAACUGAUCGAAGACGCGGCCACGCCAUUCACUUCGGCCUUUGCCAAUAGCCUAAUCUCGAACAACAUCUCGAAGACGGAAGAAAAAACGCCGGCCGUCACUGAUUUUGUCGGUGCUCAUCAAGCCGAUCAGGUGGAAAUAAACAAGGUCGUCUUGGUCUCAAACAACUCUUUGCAAAAGUGACGUUUGUAGAGUCUGACCAUGCAGACUCGUUCGAGCGUUGUGGAGAACGGCACAAAUCGCGAAGUGAAGUAUGAAGAGGCAGAUCCUGUGAUCGACGAAGUCUUGGAGAGCGUCGCCUCGCAGAGCGAGCUCCUCGACAAUUCGACUGGUGGUGCGUCUUUUCAUCUGCCCAACUCCGUUGCGCAUCUUCUCAAUCAAAACAUGGUUGAUUCCAGAUUUCGACUCGACUGGUCGUUCAGAAGAUCUGACUUCGCCUCCACCCGAGCCUGCGCAGAACAACGGCUUCCAUACAAUGGAGGAGCCCCAUACGCAAACGCCUCUCAUAAAGAUCCAGACAACUUCUGCCCCCAAGAAAGGUUAGGAGGGAACACUUUUCAAGAAGUUGAAAUAAGAGUUUUUUGAAUAACAACAUCGAAAUCAAUAAUUCAGCUGCGAGGUUUUCCCGGCCGUUCUUCUUCGAUUUCGUGACGGUGCCCAACGAUGGCUCAAAAACGACGCUCGACGAAUCAAACGCCGAAGAAUUCUUCGCCAAUGUCCGGUUGGUUGCAAACCUAUGCGGAAAUUUGUAAGGCGACCGCUUUGAGAUCGGCGAACUUCGUCCUACACUCUAACGAUGUGUCGCAAGCGAUUUUGGACUCCUGGAUCGAUGGAAAGAAGCUCUGGAAUGACAAAGGUAUUUUGCUUUUUUCUUGUUAUCAACAACUCGGCUUUUUCAACGAGACUGAAAAAAUGACGAAAAGAUCCCCAUUAAUGAUAGAACGACCGCAUAUGGAAUUUUUGGAAGAAAAAGCAGAGGAGAAAGAAAGUCUUGAGUGGAAAAAGCAGUUUUUAAAAUUUUAUAAAAUAAUUUUAUACUUUCAUUUUUCGAGUCUGAUAUGUCUAUGGAAUUACGGUUUGAGUUUAAAAUCGGAUAAGAAACAAUCCCAGUUAACCAGGGAGCUUCUGCCGCUGCUUUUUCCUUUUUUCUCUGUCCUCUGCGGCUAUUCAUUCGAACACCUUUGAAAAUAUUUGAUAUAGAACAAGCUGGAAAUCCAAAAAAGAGAAAAACAAAUGUUUUCAAGAGCUUUCCUCAACGUUGAUCCCAACUCACGCGACGACAAACGUGCAGUCGUUCAUUUCCCAACGACAGGUGGAUCUACUCGAAGAGAAUCUCCAGGUCCACACCGCCGUCGACCACUCAACCAUGAAAGUGAACGGCGGUGGCGGAGAAGAAGUCUACCGAAUGGCGAAAAUUGCUUUAUAG